GCGAACCUGGAUAAAGACUUCGCGUCGAAUCUGGAGAAAUUGGCCGAGAGUAUACAUCAUGAGAAAUUGAAUGUGCUGGCAAAGGUGAGUGAGAGCUGGGUGUAUCAAGCCUCGUUAUGGGUGCUCGUGGCCGUUGGAGCGCUGCUAUUUCUGGUCGGCUUCCUGGGAUGUUGUGGAGCGAUGUGCGAAAGCACUCUACUGUUGAGUCUGUACUUUGUUAUUGUGCUGAUCGUGACUGUAAUUGAAUUGGGCGCGCUCAUUUUUGCGAUGACAAGUAAAGGCGAUUUCAACGAUGCGCUUCAGAAAUUGCUCAGUGAAGCGGCUAAAAAAGAGGAUUUCCAAAAGAAUAUGAAACCGAUUGAGGAUUUAUUCAAUUGCUGUGGAGCGACACCGGAGACGAAGGGGAAGUUUUCGUGUGAUCAGAGCAAGUCGACCGGUCAGGUGGUUAUAAUAAUCGCGUUCAUUCUAUUCGUUAUCGAGCUCUUUGCACUGAUAUCGACGUGUAUUUUGUGCCGUGCAUUCCGUGAACGAACCAUAUAUUAUUAUGCUUAA